UUAAAACUCAUCGGAGUUUAGUCAGCCCCUUUUUCUUCUUCGGUAAUGUGCUGGAAAUUAGGUUUUUUCAGAAGGUGAAAUUUCGCGUGGGAUCAUGAGGCCGAUCUAUUGCGCCAAAUUCGGGUACCAGACUCGAGAGUCGGACUUGAAGAGUUUGUUCUCCCAAUACGGAAAUGUUGUGCGAAUUGAAAUGGAAACAGGCUAUGCUUUUGUUUAUUUCGAGGAUGAAAAUGAUGCGGAAAAUGCCAUCCGUGGUCUUAAUGGUCGCAAACGAUCUGAGCCUGGGUUUCACAGAUGCAAAUUAGUAGUUGAAUGGGCCAAGAAUAACCGUGGUUCGCAUGGCAGUUCGGGAUAUUAUCCAAUACCGAACAUAACCCUUUUUGUGGCAAACUUUGACCCUAUUCUUACCAAAAAUCAUGACAUAAAAAGACACUUUGAGCCUUAUGGGAAGGUUCUUAGUGUACGUAAACUUUCGGAAUAUGCUUUUGUGGACUUUGAAACUCAGGAAAAUGCCACAAAAGCUCUGGAGUGCACCCAUCUGAGUACGCUUUUUGGUAGAAUUAUUCGUGUUGAGUAUGCUUCUUCAAGGCCGGGUGAUGAUGAAAAGGGUAGGUGUGAUGGUCCUUCAAAUCCAAGGGCCAUGACUCCUGACCCUGAGCAAGCAAGUCCUGUUGAUGAUAGGUGUGAUGGUCCUUCAAAUCCAACAGCCAUGAGUCCUGACCCUGCGCGAGCAAGUCCUGUAGAUGAUAGGCGCGAUGGUCCUUCAAAUCCAAGGGCCAUGAGUCCUGACCCUGCGCAAGCAAGUCCUGUUGAUGAUAGGUGCGAUGGUCCUUCAAAUCCAAGGACCAUGACUCCUGACCCUGCGCAAGCAAAUCCUGUUGAUGAUAGGUGUGAUGGUCCUUCAAAUCCAACGGCCAUGAGUCCUGACCCUGGCGAGGAAGUCCUGUUGAUGAUUGGUACGAUGGCCCUUCAAAUCCAACGGCCAUGAGUCCUGACCCUGCGCGAGCAAGUCCUGUGCGCAAUAUAGAAGGUAUAGGUCAUCCGUGCCAAGGCCGCGAAAGUGAUGAGGAAGUAGUGAGCAGCAGUCAGAAACGGAUGAAGUCAUAAGACUAGUGUUGACUAAUAGCAUUUAGACGAAUGGAAGAUUAUGAUUGAAACUCCUUUUCUUGCUAUCUUAUUGCAAUUUUAACUCUCUGUACAUACAAUUCUUGCUAGCAAUGUGCAAAAUAAUACUUCGUCAUUUUGUCA